UUUUACCACUCUUCCUGCUACCACCCCACACGGCGCACACACCACCAUCUCUCGUCGCCUCGCCUCCACUUCCUGGGCUACGUACCCAUCUCAAUCGCUUCGACUCCUCCGCCGCCGCCGCCAUGUCGGGGCUCUACAGCCAGGGCUUCUCCCCUGCGCGAAACCUCUCCCCUCAGAUUAGAAGCAACCCGGAUGUCGAUAGCCAGUACUUGGCGGAGCUGCUCGCUGAACACCAGAAGCUGGGGCCGUUCAUGCAGGUGCUGCCCAUAUGCAACAAGCUGCUGAGCCAAGAGAUUAUGCGGGUGUCAAGCAUUGUCCACAACCAUGGAUUUGGCGAUCAUGACAGGCAUCGGUUUAGAAGUCCUAGUCCGAUGUCUUCUCCGAACCCUAGAGCUAAUCUCCCUGGCAAUGGGUUCAGUCCUUGGAGCGGACUACAAGAGAGAUUAGGUUUUCCUCAACGAACUAGCAUGGACUGGCAAGGAGCACCACCAAGUCCUAGCACCCAAGUUGUGAAGAAGAUUCUUCGUCUGGAGGUUCCGGUUGAUUCUUAUCCGAAUUUCAAUUUUGUGGGGCGCAUUUUAGGACCUAGAGGUAAUUCUCUAAAGCGUGUAGAAGCAUCCACUGGGUGCCGUGUUUUCAUUAGAGGAAAUGGUUCCAUCAAAGAUCCAGGGAAGGAGGACAAACUACGGGGAAAACCAGGCUAUGAGCACCUGAGUGAUCCUCUGCAUAUCUUGAUAGAGGCCGAGUUCCCUGCCAGUAUCAUCGAUGCAAGGUUGAGACAUGCGCAGGAGAUUAUAGAAGAAUUGCUUAAACCAGUGGACGAGUCCCAUGAUUUCUACAAGAGGCAACAGCUCAGGGAGCUGGCGCUGCUGAACUCAACCCUGAGAGAGGACAGCCCUCACCCUGGGAGCGUUUCUCCAUUCAGCAACGGCGGUAUGAAACGCGCGAAAACAGGCCAGUAGAGAAACACCCGUGCUCUCCUACCUGGCCCUGUCCAGGUGUGUUACGCGGUCGUCGUCACGAAAGACGCCAUGCCUGCCUUGGGGAGGGCAAUGUUUUGCCAUGGGCAUGCGUGAAGGAAGCAAUGCGCCUUCACUGGCGGAGUCCGUCGUCCGGUGCCAGCUAGGUUUCACCUCCAUACAGGGGAAGCUGCUGCUGGGAAAGAUGAGAUAGAUAGUCGCGGUCGCGGAUCGUUGGUUGGUUGUUGUAUGGUGUUAGAACAUUCCUUCUAUUUGUUAUUGACGGUUUGACCCUAGUAUGUGGUGGUACACUGCGAAGUUGCUAAACUAGAGGCCUAAGCUUUAUUUAGGUGGUUCAUUGACCUUGUAUCAUAACCUUUUGACAUUAUCGAGUUGCAAAAUAAGGACCAUCAGCUUUGU